GAAACGAAAGCUUGUUGCUGGAGCGCUCCGCAGCGGAGAAGAGGCGCGUGAGUCGGAGUUUAUUUGGAGGAGCAGCAGCAAGCGAAUUCCCGGCUUCGUCACUUCAUAGGCAUACAAUAAUGGCGAGCAGUCCGGCUGUGCCACGGAACUACUUGGCUAACCUUAAUGAAUAUUGUCAGAGAAGCCGAUUAAAAUUGGAAUAUAAAGAUGUCAGCGUCACAGGCCCACCUCAUGAUCUUACAUUCACUGUAAUGGUUGUAAUAGAAAAAAAAGAAUAUACCCCAGCAACAGGUAAAUCCAAGAAGGAGGCAAAAAGUUGUGCAGCAAAAUUAGCUUGGGAUGCUAUACACCAGGAAAUGGAGGCAUCUUCACCACCUCCACAACCUCUACAGUGCGCUGCACUGGAUAUGACGCCUUCUGUUAAUUAUAUUUCCUUGCUCAAUGAAUACGCACUAAAGAAUAAAGUAUCUGUUCAGUAUCCUUUGAAGAAUAAAAUUGGAGAAGACCAUAAGCCAAAUUUUUUCUGUGCCUGUGAGAUUGAUGGUAAAGUUUACGGUGAAGGUACAGGACAAAACAAGCAAAAAGCAAAGUUAAAUGCAGCCAAGCAAGCAUAUGAAAAGUUGUUGACCCAACCAGUUUUUAGACCAGAACAAAGUGCUGCUUCGAUAAACCCUUCACUCAGUAACUCCCAUGAAACUUCAGAAGUGACAUUUAUGAAUGGUACAGAUUCUGGCUUGGAAUCUAAGGGCAUAAAUGACAAACUGACUACUGAAAUUGAUGCUGUGCAAGUAAGUCCUAGAGAUCCUGCUGUGAAAUCGAAAAGGAAAGACACACCGUUGGCACCGAAAUUUUCAAAGCUGCAACUAAGGGAACCAAGGGAAAGCAAAUACACUAUCAAUAAGAG